AUCAGAAUGUUUCCGAAGUGAUUCACCAAGCCAGAACAGACAGCGAAGAAAAAUAGUAGAUGAGCUUUAACUAUACAAGAUAAUAUAAUUGUUAUAAUACUUCUAUAUGGUAGAUUGACACUUAUUAACUGAUAAAAAGGGAUGACCACUGGAAUUUUUGAAAUUGAUGAUGAUUUUCACAAGGAUGUCGGACCCUCCAGUGAGGACGAAUAUGAGAUCACUGAUGAGAUCAAAGAGUUUGAAGAAAUGGACCAUGAUCAUUUGAUAGAAGAGAUGGGUUCAGAUGUAGAAAAAGUACCUAUAUGUCAGGAAGUUGUUAAUCCUAAGGAAAAGUUGGGCCCAUCUGACUUUGAAUUGUUAAAGGUUUUGGGUAAAGGAGGUUAUGGCAAGGUAUUUCAAGUUAAAAAACGAACUGGUAGAGAUGCUGGUAGUAUAUUUGCAAUGAAAGUGUUGAAAAAAGCUACCAUUGUAAGAAAUCAGAAAGAUACUGCGCAUACAAAAGCUGAAAGAAAUAUAUUAGAAGCAAUAAAGUUUCCGUUUAUUGUUGAUUUGCUGUAUGCUUUUCAAACUGGAGGAAAACUGUAUUUAAUCUUAGAAUAUUUGUCUGGUGGUGAAUUAUUUAUGCACUUAGAAAGAGAAGGUGUAUUUCUUGAGGAUACUGCAAGUUUUUACUUGGCCGAAAUCACACUUGCGUUACAGCAUCUACACACUGAAGGAAUUAUUUACAGAGAUUUAAAGCCAGAAAACAUUCUGCUAGAUUUAAAUGGACAUAUCAAGUUAACCGAUUUUGGACUCUGUAAAGAAUCGAUUUAUCAUACAGAUAUGACACACACAUUUUGUGGUACGAUAGAAUAUAUGGCACCUGAGAUAUUAACAAGACAUGGCCAUGGGAAAGCAGUUGAUUGGUGGAGCCUUGGUACUUUAAUGUACGACAUGUUAACUGGUGCUCCUCCAUUUUGUUCUGACAACAGAAAGAAAACAAUCGAUAAGAUAUUAAAAGGCAAACUGGUUCUGCCUCCUUACUUAACUGCAGAGUCAAGAGAUUUACUUCGAAAGCUACUAAAACGUCAUCCACAAAGUCGAUUAGGAGGUGGAAGUGAUGAUGCAGAGCCGAUAAAGGCACAUCCGUUUUUUCGUCAUUUAAAUUGGGAUGAAUUAUAUGCGAGAAAAGUGGAACCACCUUUCAAACCGUCUGUGACAAGUGAAGAGGAUGUCAGUCAAUUUGAUCAACGCUUCACAAAAGAAACACCUGUUGACUCUCCAUGCGACAACAUGUUGAGUGAGAGUGCAGAUAGAAUCUUUCAGGGUUUCACCUACGUCGCGCCUUCGAUGAUGGAGUCCCUGUCAAAACUCUCUUUCUCAGACUCGCAUGGAGCAAGAUCGUUUAGGUCACCUCGAAGAUCUAGAGCGCCUUCUAGUCCAAUGAGCCCAACCAAGGUUCAACACACUGGCCAAACACAUUUUGGGUUUGAGCUUAAUCGGUCAGCGGUGGGAAGUUCCAAAUUAAUCACAGAAGCCAAUACUCAACCUAAAUCAGGAAGCAAAGACGACAAGUUUUCGUUUAAGGAUUCGCCGAAGUCCUCAAUAGCUAUUACUGCACCUUCAGCUAUUAGUAAUACGCCACCACCGCAUAUCACACACGCAUCGAAUGCAGUAAAAAGUGCAAGCAAGUUUGACCAUUACUCGCCGGACAGAAAAUACUCCCACAAUAAUUCUAGUUUUGAUAUAAUUUCACCCAUACAGGCAAACUACAGUUCCGAACACUACGCCGACUCCGGUUAUUUUAACAAUGUCAACUAUGCAAAUUUUCAAUUUGAGAACAAAGAAGUCCCGGUUUCCACUUAUAGCAACCAACAUACAUCAUAUCCACUACCACAACAGCACCAAGCUCAUAACAUGAACAUGGAGUUAACUUUUAAUAACAGCUUCUUUGGACUGGCCGGACCAAUCCCCAGAACGUUGGGACCGGCUCCCUAUGAGGAUAGUAUGGAUGACAUUGAACCGUUUGAACUACUAUCACACUACGAUGUACCGCCGCAACAACAGCAACAAGAACAGAAUCCCAGAUAUCGGAUACCGUUGCUUUAGUCGAUAUAUUAUAUAGUUGCAUAUUUAUAUAUUAAUUUAGGUAUUUUUUUCAACUUAUAUUUAAAACACACGCAGAUAACGCAAGAUAACGCAAACGUUAUAAAUUUUACUUUUUGAAGAGAUUUGAAAGUUAAGUGUAUAGACAAUUCUCAAUCAGGCGGAAAUAAAUGGGUGAGAAAUAUAUCUGCGCAUGCGCGAUACUUUUCUGUGUGUGUUCCGUAAGAGUUAAAUUAUUUUUUGACAAAAUUUUUUUUUACAAAUUUGUUCUAACUUAAAAUAAAUUGAAAAAGCAUCUAGUUUACCUGUCUAAAUAUAAAUUAUCAAGAUUUUUUCAUAUAAUAAAUAUAAUUUUAUGGUAAUAAUUAAUGUAUACUAUACAACAACGAGUAAAUCUUAAGAUGUUAUUAUUUAUUAUCGAUUGAAAACUGUGAAAGGUUUGCCAUGGAAAUUUUAAACCUGGAAAUACUUUUAAAGAAGACGUUUUUGUAUUAAAGUUUUGGAAAACUUAGAAAUAGUUGGAAAAAAAGCGAGGAGGAGGUAAGAAAGUUUCAUGUGGUGUGGAGAGUAGUUAAAUCGCAAAAAUUUUAUUCGGAAGCUUUCCUUCUUAUACAAGUCACCAGCCAGCUUUAUUAUAUGUUACUGCCAGGCUUUUGACAGCUUUUAUAGUUGUAUCUGGGUAGUUUUUUAAAGCAAGGAAUGCAAGAAGUUGUGAUGACUACUUUAAACAAAAAGUCAUGCUGUUUUGUCUCAAACCUUUAACAUUGUAUUGUUUUUCUAAUUUUCAACCUAUCUGUCUUAUUAUAUCUUUUGUGUCUGUUUUUUUUAAAAAAUUUGUGUUUCAAAGAGCAAAAAGGAAAGAAAAGAAAAAUAAAAUUCAUAAGAAACUAAAAAUUUUCUCAAAGAAAAUCUUUUUCCAGGCUACAAACUUGUAUCAACACUAAUUUUACGGAAGUGUUACGCAAUCACAGGACGUGAUUGCGUAAUAUUUAGGUUACUUUCAAUUCUGAUUAGCUGAUUUUAUAUAUUGCAUAAUUUUAUUUUUUAACAGGUUAAACGCUGAAUAUUUACGAAAAUAUCUUCUUUGGAAGAUUGUUUAUUUCCCAAUCUCUAGUUCUUGCUACAUUGCGUUUUUUUAAUUGGACUAUUAACUGUAUACCUUGAGGGAAAGUUUUUUCGUGUGUUUUAGAAAUUUUCUGCAAAUCGAGCAAUCGCGAAAAAUCGAAAUCUCUUUAUUUCGCAAAAAGGUAUUAUUUUUCCUUUUCAUACUCCUUCUUUACCUCAAUAUUAAUUUUUUUAAAAAAACUUUCAAUUUUUUGACUGCGCAAGCUUCGCAAUUUCGUAAAACUCUUGUGUUAAAGCAAAGAAGAUUCAUUCUAGAACCUACUCUUUUAUCUCGUACCACCUUAAAUCCAAUUUCCAUUUAUUUUUAAUUUUUGUAAAACUAAGUGCUUUCAGAUUUUUUUUCUUCGAUAACGAUGAUAAAAAUCUUCUCUUUCUUCAGUUCUGAUGAGACUGCUGUAGAAAUGAGUUUAAAGAUGAUUGCGAAACAAAUUCUCUCCUUCUGCUCUCCAUCGGUACACGAACGGUCAAAGUUACAUUAGAUUGAAAAUAUAAUUUCACGAUUUCGAAUAUACGUGUAAGUCACUAAACCUUCAUCCUGUGUCGCAACUCCUUAAAAAACUUUUCUGGCAGUUUCCGAAUGUUUAAGAGAUUAUUUAUAAGUUUCUUUAUAUAUUUAAUUUAUGCGUCGUAUUUAUCGGAUAGAUGGUUUUUACUUAUUGUUUUAAAUCUAGGUUUUAUACGUAGCUAUAGUUAAAGUAGAGCAUGUUCUUAAAAA